AUGAGCCGCAGGGCCACAAGGGCCGACACAGGAGCCACACAGGAGCCACAAGGGCUGACACAGGAGCCACAAGGGCCGACACAGGAGCCACAAGGGCCGACACAGGAGCCACAAGGGCCGACACAGGAGCCACAAGGGCCGAAACAGGAGCUACAAAGGCCACAAGGGCCGACACAGGAGCCACAAGGGCCGACACAGGAGCCACAAGGGCCGACACAGGAGCCACAAGGGCCGACACAGGGGCCACAAGGGCCGACACAUGAGCCACAAGGGCCGAAACAGGAGCUACAAAGGCCACAAGGGCCGACACAGGAGCCACAAGGGCCGACAGAGGAGCCACAAGGGCCGACACAGGAGCCACAAGGGCCGACCCAGGAGCCACAAGGGCCGACCCAGGAGCCACAAGGGCCGACCCAGGAGCCACAAGGGCCGACACAGGAGCCACAAGGGCCGACACCGGAGCCACAAGGGCCGACACCGGAGCUACAAGGGCCGACACCGGAGCUACUAGGGCCGACAGGAGCCACAGAAGCUACAGGAGCUACAAGAGCCAAGGGAGCCUCAGGAGCUAUAGGAGUCACAGGAGCUAAAGUAGCCUCAGGAGUCACAGGAGCUACAGGAGCCUCAGGAGUCACUGGAGUCUCAGGAUCCAGAGGAGCCACAGGAGCUACAGGAGCCACAGGAGUCUCAGGAGCUACAGGAGUCUCAGGAGCCACAGAAGCUACAGGAGCUACAAUAUUCACAGGAGCUAGAAGAACCACAGGAGCCAAAGGAGCUACAGGAGCCACAGGGGUCACAGGAGUCUCAGAAGCUACUGGAACUACAGGGGCUACAGGAGCCACAGGAGCUACAAGAGCCACAGAAGCUACAGGAGCUAAAAGAGCCACGGGAGCUACAGGAAACAUAGGAGCCAUAGGAGUCACAGGAGCCAAAGGAGCUAUAGGAGUCACAGGAGCCAGAGGAGUCACAGGAGCUAGAAGAGCCUAA